UGCCACAUUACACACAUUCGCAGCGAGCAUUUAAAUCUCCACUGGAUGACUGAAUACUCCCCAGAGUUUCAUGACUCCUUUCUCCACAAGCCCACAGUGGACAGAGAGAUCCAUCUGAGAAGAUUUUUGUCUACAUUUAGUUUAAUGUGACCUUAAGCUUGAAGACCAUCAGCCGACUCGGAGAAGAAAACAUAUAGCCAGAAAUCCUUUUUAAAGAAUCAACUUAAUGAUCAUAGACAAAGGUAAAGGAAAAUUGAAGAACGAUUUUUAGUCAACACAGCAGUGUCAAACUGAAAGAAAGAUUCAGAGGUCCAGCAAGGGGCUCAGCCCCAGGAGACACAGGUAAAUACUGACGCUGGGGAAAACCAAUUCGACCCCUCCAUAAAUGACAAAAUGGUGCGAGCUGAGAUGGAAUGGAUUGUGCCCAUGUGUGUGCGACUGCCCAUUGAAGUAUUGAGUCUCGACCAAGCUUUUCCUUUCCUGAACACCACGCUUGCCGACCUGGGCAUCGAAGAGUCAGCCGUGAAGGAGCGUGUGGUGUGGGUGGACAACAAGCGCACAAGGGUGAAGGGGAAAACUGGAAAGCUGAAGGAAAAGGAGGUGACUAUAUUGGAGGUGCGUGUUAAAGCUCAGCACCCUGGAGAGCAUCAGUCUCAGGAGAUCAUCUACAGCACUGAGUCUCACACCGAUCGCCUGUACAGCAGGAGUGGGGUGGACAUACUGCCGUGGAGACACACACAGCCAGGUGGAUACACAGCUGAAAAUGAACUCCAGCCAGUGGAGAUGAUUCUGGCUUUGGACGUGAUGUCGGGAAUUCAAGCCCAAAUGGCAGAAAACAAAAGAAAUGGGACUUGCUAAAUGAGGAAUGAGAUUUCUGACAGCCAGGCUGUAGCAAUGAAUCAAUGAAUAUUUUAAACUGAUGCAUGACAGCAACAAUGUCAAAAUUUCUAUG